UCUCGGCACUCCUGGGCUGUUCCAGGAGAUAUUCGAUCACGUCCACGUUCCGAUGGCGUACUUUCUUUCGGUCUCUCAUGCAGGCAGAGUUCGGUACUCGGGAAAUCCUCCUGUGUCUCCGUUGUAUCUCGAGGGCCUGUUCAAUGUUCUGUUAGAGGAGAUAUUCACACCGAGAGCGGAUGAUCUGCUCACUCAGCAGAUAUGGGAAGAUCUGGGUUCAUUCUGUGUGAGCCCCCAAUCCAUGAUUCCCGUGGUCGACAGGGACAACUCUCUCGGGGACAACUACGACGCUUUAUCGCGAGUGUACCGGGGGCGCAAGCUGUUGACAA